AAAUACAAAAGUUAGCUAGAUUUAAGGAGAGUGUUUCAAGUCCGUGUUCUUAAAAAUUUAAUCUUUUUUUUAAAAAUUAUUAUUAUCAGCUCAUGAGGUACAAUUUCCAACAAAUAUAGAAUAUCUACUACAACACUUACAAGACUGGUUAAUCAGUGAGUGAAAGAAGAAGAAGAAGAAAAUGGGAAAAUCUACAGCUUCUUCUUGCUUAAAGAUCAUUGCUUGUGGCAGUGAUUCUGUUGACCGUGAUGAACUUGAAGCUCAUCCUGAGAGUAAAAGCUCAAGCGACAAACGUGGAUGGAGUUUCCGCAAGAAAUCUGCCAGGCAUCGUGUAUUAAGCAAUACAGUAGUUUCAGAAACACCAUCUGGGAACAAGGACUGGCCAGAAGCUGCUAAUGCCAAUCUGCAAACACAAUCUAACUCCACCAUUCCAGAGAAGGCAUCUGUUGUCCAAUGGGCAGAUGAGAAACCCCAGUUUCCAACGGUCGAGAAGUCUCAGGUGUCGGCUGACGAGAAGCCCCAGGUCUUGGCAAAUGAGAACCCCCAGAUCUCAGAGGAUGAGAAGCCACAGGUUCUGGAAGAUGAGAAGCUCCAGGUCUCAGUGGAUGAGAAGCCCCAAGUCUCCACGGACGCGAAGCCACAGCUCUUGGUGGAAGUCUCAGUGGAUGAAAAGCCCUUGAUCUCCGAAAAAGUGAAUCUCGAGGUCUCCGAAGAUGAGAAGCCCAGCGUCUCUUCAGAUGAAAAGGCCCCCAUCUCAUCAGAAGAGAACUCCCUGCUCUCAGACUUGGUGGAUGCAAAACAAUCAGAGCCAGUAACAGCUAGAGUCAAUGAUGGUAAAGCUGAUGUCAUCCUGGAUGAACACGCUCUUGUUAUCCAGACUGCAGUCAGAGCAUUUCUGGCACGAAGAGCUCAAUUGAAGCAAAAGCAUAUAACUAAAUUGCAAGCUGCUGUACGUGGACAUUUAGUUCGCAGGCAUGCUGUAGGAACUCUGCGAUGUGUUCAAGCUAUUGUCAAAAUGCAAACUCUUGUUCGAGCACAUCACACUAAUCGCAUUGCAGAAGGAUCUAGUAUCAAGGAAAAGCUAAAAGGAAAAGAGAACUCAGGAACAAAAUCAGAGUUCACAUACAUUUCUAUUUCAAAGCUACUGAGCAAUAGCUUCGCUCGACAGCUCCUUGAAUCAACUCCAAGGACCAAAAGUAUAAAUAUUAAGUGUGACCCUUCCAAAUCUGAUUCUGCCUGGAAAUGGUUAGAGAGAUGGAUGUCUGUUGCAUCACCAGGAAAUCAACUGUCACCACAGUCAGAAUUAUCUGCCGAGCAGCAGGAGAAUGAACCUACCGAGCACCACAGUAACCUUAUGGAAAGUAAAGUUCAGCUUGAUUCCGAGUCAAUGGACUUCAGAGAGGGUGAGGAGGCAUCGCUGUCUGCAGUGCCAUCUGAAAGUGAUGAUAAUUUGAUCACUUAUGAUGCAGACAGCUUAGAUUUUCAAGCCGACAUACCGACUUUACCUCCUCAGCCUCUGAAUGUUGAUGAAAAAACUUCAAGAGAUGACUGUUCUAUUCCUACUCAACUUAAGGAGGCCAGGGCUCUUCCUGAGAUGGAGCCCAAUUCUUUCCCUGCAAACACUGAAGUUGAGAGAGAGGAUACACAUUCCCUUGAACUUUCAGAGACCGAGAGCAAAAAGAUUUUACAUGGAUCAAGAAAGGCAAGUAAUCCUGCAUUUAUUGCUGCUCAGUCAAAGUUUGAGGAACUCACUUUGGCAGCUAAAUCAACCAAAGUGACUAGUUUGCCCAAUCAUAAAACUGAAGAUGAAUCUAGUGAAGAUACGUUUUCAACUAUCACUGAUCAUUCAUUUGGGGCAAGGGAAGCUGCUCCGUCAGAAAAUUCUGUUCCUCAUAGUACAAGAGCUCAAGUUGGUGGUUCAGAAUGUGGCACGGAGCUUUCUAUUUCUUCUACCCUGGAUUCACCAGAUAGGUCUGACGUCGGAGGUCAUGUAUUUGAGCAGGAACUUCCUUCCAAUGGUGGAACUGACCAUCGUAAGAGCAAUGGAUACCCUCACAUUGAAGAUGAUAGUACAAAUGACUUAUCACACUCCGACUAUGUUCAGGCAGGGAGAGAGGAUCCUACUGAUGAUGCUAAGCAUGUAGAUGUUAUGGUCAGUUCAGAUCUAUCACCCGAAGAACAGAAGCCAGAAAACAAUUCAGUUAAUGUUCAAAUAGAGCACGAAGCUAAGACGGAUCGACUAUACAAGUCAUCACCAGACGCAUCUCCAAGGAGCCAUAUAACCGUCCCUGAAUCCCAAGGGACACCUUCUAGUCAAGUGUCAGUGAAUCCUAAGAAGCUAAAAAGUGAAAACAGUGGAUCAAUUCCCAAGCCCCGUUCUGCACCUGCUAGCAAAAAGUCUCCUUCAAAGCUAAACCAUGCUCCAGGCACAACUAGUUCGGAACAAUUAUCUAAGGAUCAUAAUAAAAAUGAGAAGCGACGAAACUCGUUUGGUUCAACAAAAGCUGGACAAGCUGAUCAGGAGGCUAGAGAUAACAGUACUAGCAGUUCUCUCCCAAGUUACAUGCAAGCAACAGAAUCUGCAAGAGCCAAAGUUAUCCCAAAUAGCUCCCCAAGAUCUAGUCCAGAUGUCCACAAUAAAGAUGAAUAUAUCAAAAAGAGACACUCUCUCCCUGGUUCAAAUGGUAGGCAAGGUUCACCUCGUAUCCAGCGGUCUCUGUCUAAUGCACAGCAGGGUGCAAAGGGAAAUGGAACUCAAUCUCCACAGGAGAGGAAGUGGCAGAGAUGAGUAGAGUUCCUCUGUGACUCAACUAACGGAUGGCAUAUGACGGUGUGGCUUAUUGGCAAUUCCUUUGGAUGCUGGUCAUCUGCUCUUACGAACUCCACAGCAAAGCUAUCCCCAGGACCAUUAUUUAUUUGUGAAGAGAAAUGUAGAAAGAGUUAUUUUUCUUGUAAAUUUACUAUUUUCUCAUGCCUACUCAAACCCCCCCUUUUCUUUUUCAAGGAUUUUGUUUGAGAUGCUUGUUCUUCUUUUUACUUUACAUCACCUUUGUGUGUAUCUUUAUAUUGUGUGCUUUUCUGGCUGAUGUAUUUCUGACUGCUAAUGAGAAGUUUGGAAGAGUUGCUUUCAGCUGUA